ACUUCUUAGGUAAAUAAUGUACACGGAGAAGCGGGCACAACUUUUUCGGUCCGUAGACAGAUACCUGCCUCCAUUUUUUAUUUCUCCUCUUUUAUUCCUCUCCGCUUCUUCUAUUGCAUCUAUCAUUCUUCGAUCGCCAUGGUAGAUUAUAGGGCUUCGACAGUCGAUGCUGCCGCUGCCGCAACAGAAGCACAAACCCUAGGAAUUUCGUUUUGAUUCAGCUCUCUUUCAAACGGCCAGGCGGCGCCAGAUCUGCAUUCUUCUAGAUCGUCAGCGACUAGGUGCGGGCAUGGAUUGCAGCUCCGGACGGAACGAUAACCGAUCCCUGACGGUGGAAGAGGAGGCUAUCAAGCAGAAUACUGACUGCGUCUACUUCCUUGCCUCUCCGUUGACAUGCAAGAAGGGAAGUGAAUGCGAGUAUCGCCACAGCGAGGGUGCCAGGCUUAACCCCAGGGACUGCAGAUUCUGGUUAAGCGGCAACUGCUUGAAUCCAAAAUGCUUAUUCCGUCAUCCGCCACUUGAUGGAAUGGUUCUAAGUCCUAAGACUACUUCAGCGAAAAUCGUUGCGUCUUCACAAAUAUCUUCAUCCGGGCAGUUGCCAAUGGCGAAUCCUUUUACUUAUAAUUUAAGCAGAAACAAUGUUCCCUGCCAUUACUACGUAAAGGGUGCCUGUUUGAAAGGUGACAAGUGUCCGUUCAUGCACGGACCAGUCUCUGUUGGUAAUCCAGUAGCAAAGCAGAAUGCAAAGGUUUCUGCACAAUUCACCGCUCAAUUAGAAACACCUGAGAAGGAUGCUUGGAAAAAGAAGGACAGUAGCAAUCGGCAGAACUUUUCUUCUGCAUUAAACGUUGGCAAGGAGAGUGCUGAUGUGCUAAUUAAUGGAGUACCUUCAUCAGGAAUAGGCGUUCGGGCCAUCGAGAAUGCUAAUAGUCAUUUGGUGAAUAAAAGCAUUCCAGUCCUGGUGCAACCCACAAAUGGGCUUGCUAGAUCCCAGACAACUUAUGACCCUGUUAGAAGUAGCAGCAGUUAUUCUUCAUCUCAGAAUCUUCAUGUUCAGCCUGAUGGGCAUCUUUUGCAUGGUGGGGAUGGUGGUGAUGUUUUUGAGGUUCCUUCUGGAGUUGACUACACUGAACUGGAGAGCCCCCUAAAUCAUCAAGUUCAGUCUCCAGGUGAUCACUACCAGAACGGCCAGGCUGCUGAGGAGGUCUUCAGAGAUUCUUCUCCUGGAUUUGAUGUUCUUGUUGAUAAUGUUGCAGGGGAUACUGAUUACUUUCAUGAGAGAGAUGAUUUCAGAAGUGGAUAUAUUCAAAACAGAAGAAGUGUAAACCUUGGAGAUGAUUAUGACCAUUAUUAUUCUGAUUACGAAUCUUCAGGUAGAUUGGAUGGGUUUCCACAUGAUGUAGUUGGUGAGUUUCAGCAUUAUAGCAAGGUACAGAACGGUGAUAAAUGGGAUCAACACAUGACUUCUUCUGCUUACGAGCGGAUUUUGGAUACUCCGUUAUUGACUGAAAGAAGUUCAGCUCGGAGGCGCAAGAGUCCUGAUGAAAUGGAUGCAUCCGAUCUCCGUCAUCGGCUAACCAAGCAAAGAAGGCAAGAUGGUUAUUUUUCUGCUACUAGUACUGUUCGUUACCGUGAGCCUAAGAACACGAAAGAAAAUUACCAUGCUCAUAACUCCUACAAGGAUCAACAAAGCACUAUUAGGAGUCGCCUGACAGGUAGAAUAACACUCCCCAAGCAACUUUCCCCAGAAAUUCCUUUACAUUUGCAAGAUGGGAGACACAGGGGAAGGCAACCUGUUAGACCAGCAGGUUACCAUGGAAGUCUUGGACAGAGAUUAGGUUGGAGGUCAAUCCAGGGAUCCUUUGCCAAUCCAAGAUACUUGGGUAGGCAACAGAAAACAAGAGAUACUGUGGAUCUUGUGGACUUUGCUGGUCCAAGAAGUCUUGAAGAGUUGAAAGGCGCUAAAGCUGACAGAAACUCUCAAUGCCAAUCAACCAAGUAUAAUCAUUCUACUUCCUCGGGUUCUUUGAAGACCGCAAGGCUUCGAGAUUCUGAAGCUUCCAUUGAAUUUGAAGGCCCUAAGCCGCUAAGCGUUCUUCUGAAGAGGAAAAGGGAAGCUGGAUCUGACAACGAUGCAAUAUCCGGUAUCAACAACGAAAGAAAAAAAGUCGUGGAAAUUAAAGCUGUCAGGGAUCUUGAAGAACCCAGGGCUGGAACAGUUGAGGAAAAUCUUAUUCCCACUGUGGAUGUACAAACAAGCCAUGAAACGGAAGCAAAAAAAGCUAUAGAAGAUGAAGAAGAGGCAGAUUAUACUGAGCAGAAAGAUGGUGAAUAUGGUUACGAUACAGUGGAAGGUGGAUAUUACAAGAUAGAAGAAGAUGAAAUGGAACAUACAGAUGUAGAUCUUGAUGUUGAGGAAGAUGAAGAUGACUUUGCUAAGAAGAUUGGCCUCAUUUUCUCUUAAUUUUAUGAUAAUGGUUUAGCUUUUGGCAACUACUGUGCUUGGACAGGCCUUAGCAAUACCUCAAUUUUCCUAAAUCCCAACUUGAUUCUCAACUAAUGCGGCAUGGGAGCGCAGGCUUGAGAGCGUUCGCUAUCCAUUGAUUAUUCUUGCUCUUUAAUAAGAGAAGCUUGCGUUAAGAUUGUAGGAGUGUAAUUAGUGCUAGUAAAUGGGUGGCUGCAAACUUGAGGGUUCUUUUUGUAACCGUGGAUUGUAUGUUACAUACAAGUUGGUGAAAAUUUUUAAAAAAUUCCAGCGUUCUUAUUCUUA